AUGUCUGCGACGGGAUCCGGAUCUGGGUCCGGAUCAGCACGUGGACGACAGCGCACUUAUGCCGAGGCUGCGAGCGGCUCGCGUGCGCGAUGCAAGUACUGGCCGGCGUGCACGCGCGGCGACGCAUGUGCGUUUGUGCAUCCGUCCGAGCCGUGCGAGCACAAGACACGCGACAGCUGCCCCGACGGGCAGUACUGCAGCAAGGUCCAUACCGGAGAGGCCGGAUACGGCACAGUGAGCAAGCCACGAUGUCGAUACUGGCCUCAGUGUAACCGUGGUGCGGCAUGUCCGUUCCCGCACCCGAGGUCCAGGUGCCGCAACGGGACGGAGGACGCCUGUCCGUUUGGCUCCCAAUGCCGGUUUCUCCACGAUGGCGAGCCCGGGUACGACGAUGACGGCAGCGGGCAGAGCGCCUCGGGGGCGGUCAAUCUUGACCUUGUUCACGAGCUGCUGGCUGCGUUUGAGGCGAGAGCGGCCGGGGACGUGGCCGAGAGGCCGACGGCAGAGGUGGUGGCGGUCGUUCCGACGCUGCGUGUGGCCGGCGACGAUGGGUCAGUCUCGGACAGCGACGGCGGCGGAUCGGGCUGGGAUGAGGGCGAGGAGGCACGGGUGAUGCGAGUGGCCUCGUUUAACGUCCUGUGGAUGAACGAUCUGUUUAGCAGGGUACCCGAGUCGUCAAGCGGCGAGUACACGUUCCUGGCGCAUAACGUGAAGCGCGGCAUUGUGGACGUGCACCAGUUCUGCUGCACGCUGGCGGCGAUGAUCAUCAAGAUGGGUGCUGACGUGCUGUGUCUGCUCGAAGGGCCGGAUCAUGUAUCCAAGAUGGAGCUGUUUGUAGCGACGUACCUGUGCGGCAGGUACCGGGUGUUUGGCGGGCGCGACGGGUAUGAGCAGCGGAUCUUCUGGCUGGUGGCUGUGGGUGAGGGUGCCGUUGUGGCCGAUGUGCGGCUGGCGAGCGACGAGGCGACCGAAAAGCUGAGCGACAAGUUCUACGUGGACAUCUCGGGCGACAUCCGACUCCAGGAGUUCCGGUUUGUUCGCAUCCCGCUAGUUGUGGACGUCCAGCUUGCUGAGGCUGAUGCUGGGCGCAGCGCCUGGAUCCGGCUCGUCGGUGUGCAUCUUAAGUCGAAGGCUGUGGCCAACGAGCUAGACCUGUGGAACGGAAGCGCGGAGGAGCGCCAAACGAUGGUACGCAAGGCGGUUAUCAAUCGGCGCAAGAUGAUGGCCGAGGCUGUGCGGCUGCGGUCGUAUCUGGACAGUGUGAUCGACGGGGCAGGCGUCGACGGCGUCGUGGUGGCCGGCGACUUUAACGACGGCCCGGGUAUGGACUACUUUCAGUCGCAGUACCUGACAGCGCCGGUCGCCGAUAUGAUCAUGGGCUCGUCUUUCUAUCCCUCGCGGCAGUUUUUGCAUGGCUUUCUCCACCUCGUCCCACCAGGCGACGCUUACACCAUCACGCACAACGACGUCAUUGACGACGUGGCGGGCCGCAAGCUCCUCCUUGAUCACAUUCUGCUCUCGCCGUCGGUGGCACCGAACGCAAUCUCGGGCGGCAUCUUUCACGAGCUGUUCUCGUUCUUUGGUCCGCGGCAGGAAGUGCGAUCGCGGCCGUCGUUCGAGGUUGCCGCCGAGCCGCGGACACUCCUCAACCGGGUGCUCUCGGACCAUCGUCCCGUAUGGUGCGACCUCGACGUGGCCGGCCUGCUCACAACCAGUGAGCGGCGGCGCGGUGGGCAGUACGUGCCGCUUCCUGCGAGGUCGAUCUACAUCGACACCGGCAACGGGCUCUCGACCCGGCUGUGGGUGGCGCCACGGAGCAGCUCGCCCAGCGAGGCAAGUAGCGAGCGCAGCGCGCGCUGGGUUUGGCGAAUCACUCAUCGCGGACGCGGCAGCAAUCGAGCCCGGCGGCGGGACCGUCGUGCAAAUGGACGGCACGCACGCACAAGCAGCUCGGCCAGCAGCAGCGAGGGUAGUAGCGGCAGUGGUGGACACAGGCGGCGAUCACGGAAGCGCGGGCGGCGAUCGAGACGGCAAAGGUCUCGCCAGUAAAUGAGAUCGGGGGAAAG